CGCCUGAAGCCGUUCCAUGCUACAGAUUCUCGUCGACACUGGAAGCAGUAACUUCGCCGUGGCAGGUGCCCCCCAUUCCUACGUAGACACCUACUUUGACGCAGAGAGGUCCAGCACCUACCGCUUCAAGGGCUUCGAAGUCACUGUGAAGUACACACAGGGCAGCUGGACUGGCUUCGUGGGGGAGGAUGUGGUCACCAUCCCAAAGGGCUUCAAUAGUUCGUUUCUUGUCAACAUCGCCACUAUUUUCAAGUCAGAGAAUUUCUUUCUGCCUGGGAUCAAAUGGAAUGGAAUACUUGGACUUGCUUAUGCCACCCUGGCCAAGCCAUCAAGCUCUCUGAAGACCUUCUUCGAUUCCCUGGUGACUCAAGCAAAGAUCCCCAACGUCUUCUCCAUGCAGAUGUGUGGGGCGGGACUGCCAAUUGCCGGAUCUGGUACCAACGGAGGUAGUCUUGUCCUGGGUGGAAUUGAACCCAGUCUGUAUACAGGAGACAUCUGGUAUACCCCCAUAAAGGAGGAGUGGUAUUAUCAGAUAGAAAUUCUGAAACUGGAAAUCGGAGGCCAGAGCCUUAAUCUGGACUGCAAAGAGUACAACGCAGACAAGGCCAUCGUGGACAGCGGCACCACGCUGCUGCGCCUGCCCCAGAAGGUGUUCGACGCGGUGGUGGAGGCCGUGGCCCGCACGUCCAUGAUUCCAGAAUUUUCUGACGGGUUCUGGAGCGGGGCCCAGCUGGCGUGCUGGGCGAAUUCUGAAACGCCUUGGUCCUACUUCCCUAAGAUCUCCAUCUACCUGAGGGAGGAGAACUCGAGCCGAUCCUUCCGCAUCACCAUCCUGCCUCAGCUGUACAUCCAGCCCAUGAUGGGGGCUGGCCUGAACUACGAGUGCUACCGAUUCGGCAUCUCCUCCUCUACCAACGCGCUGGUGAUCGGUGCCACCGUGAUGGAAGGCUUCUAUGUGGUCUUCGACAGAGCGCACAAGAGGGUGGGCUUUGCUGCCAGCCCGUGCGCAGAGAUGGCAGGUGCUCCAGUGUCUGAGAUCGCGGGGCCCUUCUCCACCGAAGACAUAGCCAGCAACUGUGUCCCCGCCCAGGCUUUGAAUGACCCCAUCCUGUGGAUCGUCUCCUACACCCUCAUGAGCGUGUGCGGAGUCAUCCUCCUCAUCCUGAUCCUCCUGCUGCUCAUCCCCUUCCAGUGCCGGCACACGCCCCGCGACCCCGAGGUAGUCAACGAUGAGUCCUCUCUCGUCAGGCAUCGCUGGAAGUGAAGAGCCACGUCUGACUCUCUGACCUUGACCUUGGCUCUCCACAGGACUCGGCGUCCAGGGUCGGGCCAGGCUCCUUCCUCUGUGCGUUGGUGGGGAAUCUCGUCCUGCUCCCACAUGCCUUCCAGAUUCACUGUACCUUGAUUAUUCUUGAUCUUAAAGCUUCCGGUUCUUCUUUCCUACUUCCAAGAAAAAUGGUAAUAAAAAACACCUCAUUCUAAACCAAAAUGGAGUGGAUCCGGCUUCAGGCUUUACGGAGCUGCAAACUGACCAGGUGUGCCAUCAGAAAAAAAAAAAAAAGAAAAGAAAAGAAAA